CGCACGCGAGAUACGCGCCGUCGGCUGCCUCUCCUCGCGACCGACCUCCUGUAAAAAGCGCGGCAAAAAGAUGGUUGGUGGAAUGGAACCCAACGGCGCCCUCCUCACAUCGAAUACCACCGGUACAGCCCCCGACAGCGUCCUCUCCGACUUAACAUGACUGCUCGAGUAGGGUUACGUGUACUCUACAAUAUACCUACGACGACGACGACGACGACCAUCACCACCAUGAUGACAUCAAAUCCCCAAUGAUAGCCCUUGCGGACGACCUGUUCACGACCCGACCACAUUGCGUUCAAGUACGCCAUACAAACACAAACCUGACUGGGACACGCUGUCGUGCGACCACCUAUACCACCAAACACACUUGCGCAGAGGCGUCAUCUGGAUCUACCGCGCCAGAUCUGGACUUCCACCGAAUUGCUAGCUACAGCAUAUGAUCGAGCUCCAGUUCGACCAUAUUGCUCCCACGGAUAGCUGCUCCUCAUGGUAGCCCUUCACCACCGCCCCGAAAUCGACGACAUGCGACAUGCCUUUGACUCGGCCUUGUGUCAGUCAGAACAGGACAGUUCUAGUACGCGCAGGUCGUAUGAUCCAUCGAGGUCUGGCAGCGACAACUCGUAUCGAACGGCCGCGACAGAAUACUCGCAGCACUCCACGAAGCGAACCGCUCGCACUCAACAUGCUGCCAGUGAUUCCAGUGCGCGAUACUCUGCGCACAGACAGCCGCAACAGAGUCCACGAUGCUCUAUUGAGACCUAUGCCUCGACCGUCGCAAGUGAAGAGGAGGUCCAGGAAGAGCUGCCCUCACUAGGCUUUGAUUUGCCCGAGUACAUCCCACACGCAGGAGGACCGACCGCCAUUCCUACGACACCCGCCGACUUCUCUGAGCUCUUUCCGUCACGUCGCAGGCUAUUGAUCGGGCACGAUGACUCCGUUGACGGCGAUAUGAACUUGCGAGUUGGGACUGAGGUUAAUAUACGCGGUCAGAGACAAGACAUGACCCUGUUCCACUUACGAAUGCAUCACCUUGGCGAUCGUGAAUUCUCGCUUCGUAGGUACUGCCGCGACAGUGGGAGGGAAGUGUGCCAUUCGGCACGCAUGCUCGAAAAGCUGCCAUCUAAGAAGCGGCCCGGCUUGACGCGCUCAUUGAGUGACGCCUUGAACAGCCUUCGUCCCAAAUUGGAGUCCAGAAGUUCUACAUGGUCGACCAUGAAACGUACCGACUCUGGCUAUGGCUCUUCUUUGAACUCCUCGAUCGAGGUCGACCACGAUGAGCAAAAGACUUCAUGGGGCGCCGCCGCGACCCCCCGUCCACAGGCCGUAUCGCCCAAUUCGAUCAAGCUUGAAUUCUCAAAUUACGCUCAAGUCGAGGUUAGGCGCACUGGGGUGAAAAGCAGCAAGCGUUACGAGUUUGAAUAUUGGGGUUCCAGCUAUAGUUGGCGGCGAAUGGUUCGAAAGCAUGGACACGCCACAUCAGUGUCUUACAAACUCACCAAAUCUGGAUGUGAUCGUGCGUUGGCACAUAUCGUCUCGUCGACGCUCACGCCCAUGCAAGCCGAGGAAGAGCGUCAGGCGGGCCGUUGGAUUUCGCCCUGUUCGAUGUGGCUCGCGGAUGACGAUGUCACUCAGGGCCAGAAGGAUGUUGCAGAGUAAGUCUUGCAAACUUCACGGGUGUCGCUGUCGAGCAUUGAAUUCUGUCUUGUGACGAGUUUCGGAAGGUAGUUUGCCCGCGUGCUGAAGACCACUGGCGGUCAAGCCCUUUCAGAUGCAGGCUUGAGUAUCUGCACUCGGCCAGCGUACAUCCUUGAAUCCUCUCCCGUGUCGGUGACGCUGCUUUGCUGACAAUGCUUUUAGCGUCGUUGUUGCUACCGGCCUGAUGGCCCUCGUUGACGACUCCAUCAGAACACACUUCAACACAAGACCAACGCUUCAGUAUGUUGGACCGAGACGAGUGAUCAAUGAGAUAUUGGGGCGGGAGCCGAGUGACCAGCAGGGCCUGCAAUCAGCGCACCACCAGGAAACCCGCCCUUGGAGUCGCGGCACAAGUACCACCAGCUCGCGCACUCCAGCGGGGGCGGUCAAGACUGCUAUUUGAUUGUAGAUCCGCGUGUUAGCGUGUGCGACGAAUGACGCCCGUUUCUUGAUCAACGGCACGCAAACGUGGCGGUCAACACGGGUUUUGGGCAGUCUCGUAAUCGAUCACGUCGUAGCACUGAAGCCCGGCGAUGCGUCGUGCCGCCGUGGGGUCCGGGAACCUUUUUCAACGUCUGUUUUCUGGGACAGAGAUUUGAUAAAUGGCAUCGUCUGGAGAAGCGGCUCAUACAGUGAUGCGCUGUAUUAUUCAUUGGGCGGCGUUUGAUGUUGGGGCCUUGAGGCGGCUGUGUUUCAAUCGUCCCGCGCGAAGCGGUUCUCAAUUGCUGGUCCAUAUCAAUACCAACACAGAGAGCAUCACAUGAAAGAGAUGUUGAAUGCGGCUUUCAGAGGGUCGAGAUGUUGAUUCUGCACUCAGUACAAACGUGCUCUACGGAGCUGAGCCCAAUACCUGCUGUCUGCAGUCUAUCAGCAACGGCUUGGAGCUCCAAAGUAAAAUAGACCGCAUCUUUGCAGUAUUUCGCUUCCAAUGCGGCGGCCAGCUGCGAGUUCCCGUCUUGCAGGCGGCAUGCGCGCGAUAGCGGGACUGUCAUAUCUCAGACGCCAGGUCCCGAAGUGGCACAAUGGAAAUACAUGGUGAGUGCAAGAUUUGGCAAAACAAAGCACACAAACGCAAGUUUGCUGGCAUAGGUUGUGGUGGAGCGCAAGCAUUUCUAUGCGUCUGGACGUCAUUACUUCUGCACGUCGUCCAUUCCGGGCUGCUGAUGAAUACCUUAUGCUGGCUUUUGGUCAUCAAGCCGUCGACACGUAGACCACCCACCCACCCGCAGUAGUUCACAUGCAGCAUGCUGGCUGGAUGUCAACAGCCGGCCGCGUUGGUGGCAUGAACUGUGCUUGUGCAUGGGGAGGGGGAAGGGGGAAGGGGGGUGAGAGGACGGCCAUUAUCUCCAUCUUCUCAUUCGCUUCCUUUGCGAGUUACCUUUUUUCAGCUUCAUCACAGCACGACGGUACAUGUAGU